AUGAUAACAAGAACAAAAUGUGAAGCUCAAAUAUUUGGAAAGAAGAAUGAAAAUGGAGAUUUUGAAAUAGAAAAGCAUGUAGUGGUACAUAAUCACCCAUUGACAAGAGAAAUAAGUAAUUAUCUCCACCGAUCGGAACGACAAAUGACAGAACCUAAAAAAGAAGCUAUUGAGGCAAUGUCAGAAUGUGGUCUAAGACCAAUGGAGUCUUAUAGGUAUAUGUCAACAGAAACUGGCGGAGAAGACUGUGUAGGUCAUACGAUGAUUGAUCAUCUAAACUACUGCUACAAGUUAAAAAUGAAGCAAAUUGAUGGCAAGGAUUCACAAACACUAGUGAACAAACUGUAUGACAUACAAUCAAUAGAUCCCGAGUUCUUUUUCAGAGUAAGACUCAAUGCUGGAGGAAAAGUUGAGUGCCUAUUUUGGAGGGAUUCUAUGAUGAGAGAAUAUUACAAAAUAUAUGGAGAUGUUCUAGUUUUUGAUAAUACAUUCAGAACCAAUAAGUACAAUCUCAUAUGUGCUCCAUUUGUUGGUAUCAAUAACCAUUGGAAAAACACAAUGUUUACUUGUGCUUUCAUUGGGGGUGAAACCACAGAAUCUUUUGUUUGGGUGUUUGAAACUUUUCUGAAGGCUAUGGGAGGAAAGCACCCUAUAUCAAUUUUCACUGAUCAAGAUGCAGCUAUUGCUGCUGGAAUAGAACAGGUUUUUCCUUCUUCAAGACACAGGUUAUGCUUGUGGCACUUGAGUAAAAAUGCAAACAGUAGGUUUGGUUUAUUGAAGUCUGAUAAAAACUUCAAAAACGCAUUCUACAAGUGUUUAAGUGGGUGUAUAACACCAAAUGAUUUUGAAGAAACUUGGAAAUCUAUGAUCAACACUUUUAAGCUGGAAAAAAAUAACUGGUUCAACAGAUUGUAUGGUCUUAAAGAAAAAUGGUGUACAGCUUUAAGUAAAGAUUUUUUUUCUGCUGGUAUACUUUCUUCACAAAGAAGUGAAAGUACAAAUCAUGCUGUUGGAUUUAAAGCAAAUAAAAGUACAACAUUAACAGAGUUCUAUAGUAUUUUUCAAGCUACAAUAAAUCGAUGGAGAAAAACCGAAGAAAAAGACGACUUUGACUGUACAAGGGGAAUACCUACUUCAGAGCUAAGUAUGCGUGCUAUAUUGAAACAGGCAGCAAAUGUAUACACGAUAACACUUUUCCGUGAUUUUGAAGAAGAGUUCAAGCUUUCUGUGGCAAGUAGUACAAUGUUCAAGGGAAGUGUUGGAAGAACAGUGUUUUUUGAAGUGUGGAUAGAAGGAAUAACAGGAUCAAGACAAGAAGUUCAAUACAAAAUGGAAGAUUCAACCGUCACUUGCACAUGCAAAAACUUUGAAGAAUCUGGAUGGUUGUGCUUCCAUUGUUUGAGAAUAUUGCAUUUACAUUCAAUCAAUACAAUUCCAGAUCGUUACAUAACAAGAAGAUGGACUAGAUAUGCAAAGAAACAGAUAUGGGAAAGGGUUGAUACAAUAAAAAGGGAGAAAGGUGAAAUCAACAAUUUUACUGGUUGGAGAUUACAUAUGAUCAAAAGGUAA